CCACCAUGCGGGACCUGUCCCGGGGGGGUUUUGGGGGGUUUCCAAUGGGGUUUUUGGGGUCUCUAACGGGGAUUUUGGGUUUUUUUUUGGGUCUCUAAUGGGAUUUUUGGGGGUCCCUGAUGGAUUUUUGGGGUUUUUGGGGUGCCAGUGAUGGCCACCAUGCGGGACCUGUCCCGGGGAGGUUUUGGGGGGUUUCCAAUGGGGUUUUUGGGGUCUCUAACGGGGAUUUUGGGGUUUUUGGGGUGCCAGUGGUGGCCACCAUGCGGGACCUGUCCCGCCGGGGCGCGCUGGAGGCGGCGGCCGGUGCCACCCUCGGGGACACCCUGCGGAUCCUGCGCCUCGAUGUCACCAGCGACAGCUCCGUGGCCGAGUGCCUCGGGCAGGUCCCGGACGGGCGCGUGGACGUCGUGGUGAACAACGCCGGGGUGGGGCUGGUGGGGCCCCUGGAGAGCGCCUCGGGGCCGCAGGUGCAGCGCGUUUUCGACACCAACGUUUUCGGGGUGCUGCGCCUGGCCCAGGCCCUGCUCCCCCAGAUGAAGCGGCGCCGCAGCGGCCACAUCGUGGUGGUCAGCAGCGUCAUGGGGCUGCAGGGGGUGGUGUUCAACGACGUCUACUCGGCCUCCAAGUUCGCGGUGGAGGGGCUGUGCGAGAGCCUGGCCGUGCAGCUGCUGCAGUUCAACGUCUUCGUGUCUCUGGUGGAGCCGGGCCCGGUGAACACGGAGUUCGAGCGCAAGGUGCUGCAGGAGGUGGAGAAAUGCGAAUUCCCCGGCACCGACCCCGAGACGCUGCGCUACUUCCGCCAGGUCUACCUGCCCGCCAGCCGCGACGUCUUCCGCACCUUCGGCCAGAGCCCCGAGCACGUGGCCCAGGCCAUCGCGGGGGUGAUCGCCGCCCCCCGCCCCCCGUUCCGCACCCCCACCAACCCCCUGUACUCGCCCCUGCUCGCUCUGCGCUUCGCCGACCCCCGCGGGGACCUCGGCGUCAGAACCUUCCAGAGGCUCCUCUUCGACCUGGGACCCGCCUUCCACCUCAGCCUGGCCCUGCUCAGGUGUCUCACCUGCCGCUGCUGCCAGCGCCGCGUCACCCCCGUCUGAGGGGACACCAGAUUUGGGAGUUUUGGGGCGAUUUUGGGGCUUUUUGGGGCAAAAUCAGGGUUUUUGCGGGGUAAAAUUGGGAUUUUUUGGGAGGUUUUAGGGGGGUUUGGAGGGAUUUUAGGGGGAAUUUUUAGGGUCUCACCUGAGUCUCGAGGUGUUCAGGUGUGUUUGAGUCACCCCUGGCUGAGAAGACCCCGAAAUUUGGGAAUUUUGGGGCAAUUUGGGGGAUUUUGGGGCUUUUUGGGGCAAAAUCGGGGAGGGUGUAAGGGAUUUAGGGCAUUUUAGGGGGGAUUUUGGGGGAUUUUGGGAGGUUUAGGGGGGUCUUGAGGUCCCCAGGUGUGUUUGAGUCCCUCCUGUCUGAGGACACCCCGAAUUUGGGGGUUUUGGGGCCAUUUUGGGGCUUUUUGGGGCGAUUUUGGGGUUUUUUUGGGUGAUUUUGGGGAGUUUUUAGAGGAUUUAGGGGCAUUUUAGGAGGAUUUUGGAGGGGUUUGGGGGGUUUAAGGGAGUUUUGGAGGGUAAUUUUUGGGGAUUUGGGGAAUUUUGGCGGAUUUUGGGGAUUUAUGGGAAUUUUCGGGAAUUUUGGGGAAGUUUUGGAGUUUCCUCCACACCUGGGGGAAUCUUUGGGGCUCUUAAUUAAACCCAGAACUCCUCCAGCCGCCUCCCCCUCUCAUUCACUGCCGCGCCGGGGGGUUGGGGGGAAAUUUUGG